CUCCUCUGCACUGGGAGGUCUGACUACCAGUUGCCCUUGGAGAGGUAGCCCAGGAAGUCAGAAGAGGAUGGUGGAGGCUGAGCCAGUGACUCCCAAGAAAGAGAGCCAUGCCUGGAAGAGAGGAGAGCUGGCUGGGCCCCCUGGACACUCGUCUGUAGCCACUUCCCUAGCAGAGUCUCACUGGGGCUGAGUGCUGGUUCUGUGUCUGCCCACCACCCUGCCAGAUGAGUAACUCAAAGCCUCAGGAGGAGACAUCACCCACGCAAGGGUGCUUCUAGCCCAGCCAGCUUCAGACCAGGUGCCUGUAAGAACUCAAGCCACCCCACUGUUCACAAACUCUGUGCUAAGGCCCUGGAACCAUGUUUGGAAAGAAGAAGAAGCGGGUGGAGAUCUCAGCCCCAUCCAACUUCGAGCACCGGGUACACACAGGCUUUGAUCAGCAUGAGCAGAAGUUCACAGGGCUGCCCCGCCAGUGGCAGAGCCUGAUUGAGGAAUCAGCGCGCAGACCCAAGCCCCUGAUCGACCCUGCCUGCAUCACGUCCAUCCAGCCUGGAGCCCCCAAGACCAUCGUUCGGGGCAGCAAAGGUGCCAAGGAUGGGGCUCUCACUCUGCUGCUUGACGAAUUUGAGAACAUGUCGGUGACGCGCUCCAACUCUCUACGAAGAGAGAGUCCACCACCACCUGCCCGUGCCCACCAGGAGAAUGGAAUGCUGGAGGAGCGGGCAGCCCCGGCCAGAAUGGUCCCCGACAAAGCUGGAGGCAGAGCCCGGGCCACAGGCCACAGUGAGGCAGGCAGUGGCAGUGGUGACAGACGGCGGGUGGGACCAGAGAAGAGGCCCAAAUCUUCGAGGGAUGGUCCAGGAGGACCCCAGGAGGCCUCCCGCGAUAAGCGCCCACUCUCUGGGCCUGAUGUCAGCACUCCUCAGCCUGGCAGUCUGACCAGCGGGACAAAACUAGCAGCUGGCAGGCCCUUUAACACAUACCCACGGGCUGACACGGACCACCCACCCCGCGGUGCCCAGGGGGAGCCACAUACCAUGGCCCCUAAUGGGCCAUCAGCCACAGGCCUGGCCGCUCCUCAGUCUUCCUCCUCCUCCCGGCCUCCCACCCGGGCCCGUGGUGCUCCCAGCCCAGGAGUUCUGGGUCCCCAUGCCUCUGAGCCCCAGUUGGCCCCCCCAGCACGUGCCCUUGCUGCCCCUGCUGUACCCCCUGCCCCUGGGCCCCCUGGGCCUCGUUCACCACAGCGGGAGCCCCAACGAGUGUCCCAUGAGCAGUUCCGGGCUGCCCUGCAGCUGGUGGUGGACCCAGGGGACCCUCGUUCCUAUCUAGACAACUUCAUCAAGAUUGGUGAGGGCUCUACAGGUAUUGUGUGCAUUGCCACUGUGCGCAGCUCAGGCAAACUGGUGGCCGUCAAGAAGAUGGACUUGCGCAAGCAGCAAAGACGUGAACUGCUUUUCAAUGAGGUGGUGAUCAUGCGGGACUACCGGCACGAGAACGUGGUGGAGAUGUACAACAGCUACCUGGUGGGUGAUGAGCUCUGGGUCGUCAUGGAGUUCCUGGAAGGCGGCGCCCUCACCGAUAUUGUCACCCACACCAGGAUGAACGAGGAACAGAUCGCCGCCGUGUGCCUGGCUGUGCUUCAGGCGCUGGCCGUGCUCCACGCCCAGGGUGUCAUCCACCGUGACAUCAAGAGUGACUCCAUCUUGCUGACCCACGAUGGCCGGGUGAAGCUGUCCGACUUCGGGUUUUGUGCCCAGGUGAGCAAGGAGGUGCCUCGGAGGAAGUCGCUGGUGGGCACCCCGUAUUGGAUGGCCCCGGAGCUCAUCUCCCGCCUUCCCUAUGGGCCAGAGGUGGAUAUCUGGUCACUGGGGGUGAUGGUGAUCGAGAUGGUGGAUGGGGAACCCCCUUACUUCAACGAGCCACCCCUCAAAGCUAUGAAGAUGAUCCGGGACAACCUCCCACCCCGACUGAAGAACCUGCACAAGGCGUCACCGUCUCUGAAAGGCUUCUUGGAUCGCCUGCUGGUGCGUGACCCGGCCCAGCGGGCCACUGCUGCUGAGCUGCUGAAGCAUCCGUUCCUCACCAAGGCGGGGCCACCAGCCAGCAUCGUGCCCCUGAUGCGCCAGCACCGAACCAGAUGAGCCCGAGCCUAGUCCUGAACCAAAGAGCCUGGCUACCCUGCCCGGCAGAGGCCAGUAGAGGGCCAACCGGCUCCCACAGCCCAGGAGACAUUCUAGGGCACUGCCGUCACUGUGCUGGGGCCUUCGUAGGACCCUACUACUGAACUCUGGUUUUGAUUCCAUGACUUGUAAAGCCACACCAGGACAUGUGGAGCACGUGAGGCUCCCAGGAUCCCAGGACAGGCCCCUCCCCUGGGCUCUGUCUGCAGGAGAGAGGCAGCUGCCCAUCACUGGAAACCUGCAUCAGGGGCCACUGGGACAGAGACGACACUAUGAGAAAGGUGUGUGUGUGUGUGUGUGUGUGUGUGUGUGAGAGAGAGAGAGAGAGAGAGAGAGAGAGAGAGAGAGAGAGCACUCAUGCACCAAGAAAGUCCAGCUCCUCUGUCCUCAGCCUGCCUGGUGCCCAGCCCCUGACCCUGAGCCAUUGAAGGGUCAAUCAUGAAUGUUUGAACAGUGGCCUUUUCCCAGAGCCCCACACCCUCUUUCCACAGGAGAAACAUGGGGCCUCCCUUCCCCAACCUCUGCAGCAAAUGACUACUGCACCCAGACAGCCUCCGUUUUCUAGAAGUCUAUUUAUAUUGUCAUUUUAUAACACUAGCUGUGUCUCUGUCUCAGCCUAGGAACAGAUGGUCCCUGACCUAUGGGGUGGCUGGCCCAGGGACAGGGCCACUUUGAAGAAUCAGGCUCCUGUCUCCCACCCUGCCGCCAGUCCCUCACGUUAGUUUUACAAUUAAAGUAUUUUCUUGGUUUUGG